AUGAGGACUGCGUCUCUGCUGGUUUCAUUCUGCCUCAUCGUCCAGCGACUUUCAUUCGGGUUCCAUGAACUCACCCAUGGCUCUGCUGAAUGCUUGAAAGAAUUCGUCCUUCGUCAUCAUUUCCGUCGCGUGAACGUCCUGGCCUUCGAUGAAGACGACUGCAGAUGGGGGAGAUUAUUAGUUUGGAAACUGCAGAGGGCAAGCACCUUGCUUUAUGGAAAGGUGGUGAAGGCGUGGGAGUUCCCCCACGGAAAGGAAUCACCGGGACGACAGCUCACGAUCUUCAUGCUGACCGAGAAGACAGUGCAUCAUCUCUCACAGGUUUUCACAAUCCCAAAUGGGGAGGUAGAGAUGUGGAAUAGGACGGGAGCCUGGAUCGUCCUGACGGAUGCGUCACUUCUUGCGGAGGACCAGCCAGGCGAAUGCUACGGGGGACUGCAUAAGAUCUCGGUCCGGAUGACCGAAGCACUCGGAGCUCACGCAAACAGUGACGUUUUUAUCCUCGAGCGAGACAGGAAGACAUGUUCGUUAUGGGAGCUGUAUCACGUCGUCGAUUCCGAAUGCGUUACCAGAAGAAAGCUCGCAACGUGCUUGAAUGCCUCCUGGGUCUUCGACGACACACGAGGGAAGCUUCGAAGAAGAGGGAAUCUCUACGGAAGGCAUCUACGAGCUCUUCGAGCUCUUGGAGCGAUGAAUUCCCCAGAAGAGAAUAACUUCCUCGAUGCCCUUGGACAAAUUCUUGAGAAGAACUUAAAUGUGUCGCUUGAUAUCGAAACUAUGGAAGAGAAAGGACCGAGGUCCUUCGAUACGGUCGUGAAAGAUGUCCACAGGGGAGUAGCUGACUUGGGUAUCGGGCUUUUCGAAAUAACAUUGGCCAGGCAGCUUCUGGUCGACUUUCUCGUGUCCGUCAAUAGGGAAAAAUUUUUACAUAAGAAGACCACAUCUGACCGAUUCGAUUCUGCCAUUCUAUCUGAUGCCAUUUCGCUUCGAGCUCUGGAUCGCCUUGAUCGGCAUGUUGGUCUCAUCCGGAGUCGUUAUUUCUCUGACGAUGAGAAAACGGAAGGAGUCCCGGACCUCGGCGGGUCGGAGGAGGAUGACUUCCCACGGAUCUCCACGAAGAUGGCCAUAUUCUUCGUAUAUUUCUUGACCUUAGUCUGCUACGCGAGCUACUCGGGUCUCCUGAUGGCAUACUUCUCGGCCGACCUAUAUCAGCUCCCUUUCCAGGAUUUGAAUCAAUUGUUUGCACUAAAGGAACGCGGCUGGAAAUGGGGCAUUCCCCAUGGGGGUUCCACAGAGGAGAUUUUGAAAGGGUUCACUCGCCCAGUGGAACGCGAAUUCGCCAAUGAAGCAUCCCUGAACUUGCAAACUUACCUGAGUAGGAAGACAAUACCAAAUGCCUUCGAGGCGUUAUUGAUGAACGAAGUCGCUGCACGUGCUUGGCUUCGGGUAGUUGAGUUCCCCGAUCAGGUCGUCAAAAUACCACGUCCAGUCUCUAUCUCCUAUGAGGGGUUCUUCAUCAGAAAGGAAUUGCAUCUGGCUCAAAUCUUCAACUAUCAGAUUCUGUUGCUGCACGAGACGGGAUUCAUCACGCGAGCCAGGAAGGAGCUCUUGAUUACACUGAAAGGGCAGAGGACUGACAUGGACUCGACUGCAGGAGGCAUUGGGUUCCAUCAUAUCCUUGCUGCUCUCCUGUUCCUCCUCGUUGGGGUCCUUCUCAGCAUCCUUGCUUUAGUCAUCGAGGUCCUUUCCAUCCGCUGUCGAUGCGGCUCAGAUUCGAAAGUCACGGAACCCUGCACCCUAAGAUAA